GUUUUGACCAAUUUACCGUGAAUUUGGAGAAAUUGGGUCAGCUUAGAUAUGCUUUAUCCAUAGAAUGAUGCAGUUUGUGCAGGAGAAUUAGCCUGGUUUUCUUAAUUGGGUGAUUUCUGCUUCUUGAUUCAUUUAUAGAUUUCAAGUCAUGGAUAAUGUGAAUGAACUGUCUUCAUCCUUGAGCUUUGCCUCCUCCUCUUAUCUAUCAAAUGGGUCCAGUAGUAACCAUGUAUCUGCCUCAGCCAGUUCUCAACCUGUGCCAAGUAUUGAAAUUUAUUUGAGUCUAAACAAACUCAGUGGCAGUCUUGAGAGACUUUUACUUGAACCUGAAUAUGACUAUACUGACGCAGAGAUUAUUGUUGAGAGCAACACAGUAGGUGUUAACCGGUGCAUAUUGGCUGCACGUAGUCAGUUUUUUCAGGAUCUUUUUAAGCCUGGAAAUGAUGAUUCGAUUAAGGAAGGUAAACCAAAGUAUCUCAUGUCUGACUUGGUUCCUCAUGGCCGGGUUGGCUAUGAAGCCUUCAAGGUUAUCUUGAACUAUUUGUACACCGGAAAGCUUCAGCCAUCACCUCGAGAAGUAUCCACAUGUGUUGACGAUCAUUGUGCCCAUGAUGCAUGUGGCCCUGCUAUUAAUUAUGCUGUAGAGUUGAUGUAUGCUUCUGCCACUUUCCAGAUGAAGGAGCUUGUUCAGCUUGUUCAGCGCCGUCUUUCAAACUUUGUCGAGAAAGCUUUUAUUGAAGACGUAAUCCCAAUUCUUGUAGUUGCCUUCCACUUCCAACUGAGUCAACUGCUCUCACACUGUAUCCAGAGGGUAGCAAGGUCAGAUCUUGACAGUGUGGCUAUAGAGAAGGAGCUUCCUCCUGAAGUUGCAAAUGAUAUCAAAUCACUCCGCCUCAAAUCACAGGAAAGGGAUGAAUCAAGUAUGAUGGAAAUGGAACCAGUAGAGGAUAAGAGAAUCAGGAGAAUCCACAAGGCAUUAGACUCUGAUGAUGUUGAACUGGUUGAGCUUCUCCUGAAGGAAUCUGAUAUUACGUUAGAUGAUGCUUACGCUCUCCACUACGCAGUUGCAUACUGUGAUCCCAAAGUUGUUAAGGAGGUUCUUGGUCUAGGCUUGGCUAGUAUCAACCUUUGCAAUGCCCGAGGACAUACUGUACUUCAUGUGGCAGCCAGACGUAAGCACCCAGCAGUUAUGGUUCCUCUUCUGAACAAGGGAGCCUCUGCCUCAGAAAUUACAGUAGAUGGUCAAACUGCUGUUGCAAUUUGCCGGAGGUUGACUAGACCAAAGGAUUUUUAUGAGAACACAAAGCAGGGACAGGAAUCCAACAAAGACCGGAUGUGCAUCGAUCUUCUAGAGAGAGAGAUGCGAAGAAACUCGAUGUCUGGGAACUCGUCAAUCAUAUCAGAGGUGAUAGCUGAUGAUUUGAAUGUGAGGCUGGACUAUCUUGAAAAUAGAGUGGCAUUUGCACGGUUGUUGUUUCCUGCUGAAGCCAAGCUUGCUAUGGAAAUGGCUGCUGAUUCAACAUCAAUGCACAGUGGCCUUUCAGCAUCAAGAGGGUCAAGUGGGAACUUACGAGAGGUUGAUUUGAAUGAAACACCCUCUGGACGGACCAAAAGACUCCAAGCAAGAAUGCAAGCCCUUCGUAAAACAGUGGAAAUGGGCCGGCGCUUCUUCCCCCAUUGCUCAGAAGUGCUUGAUAAGUUUUUGGACGAUGAGAUGGAUAUGGCUGAUUUCAUCCUCGAAAAGGGCACUCCAGAAGAGCAAAGAAACAAGAAGACGCGGUUCUUGGAACUUAAAGAUGAUGUACAGAAGGCAUUCUGCAAGGACAUGGCUGAAAAUAAGCGGUCAGUUUUGUCAUCCUCAUCAUCAUCCUCAUCGUCUCCAAAGGAGGGGGUAACUCACAAGAUUAGGAAACGGUGAGGCUAAUUAUAUUUUGCAGGAAGCUGUGAGAUUUUGAUGAAUUUGUAGUUGUAUUUUCUCCUUCCAUAUAUUCUUAGGAGCCUAUUUUGUGGCAUUCACUUUAUCAAAGAUUAAGGUAGUACAUUGAGUCUGUAAUAUAUAACUUAAGGUAUUUGGCUUGUAUAUUUGAUAAAAGAGCUUACAGUUUUAGAGAGAAUGAAAUCUGUACUCUUUGGAUUUCCCUGUGUCUCCGUUGGUGUGAUUAUGUUAGCCUUUUCACCAAAUAACAGAGACACUGUAAUUCUAAAUUUCUUUCUUUCAUAAUUAUAGUUCGCUGGGUUCAA